CCGAUAGAAUUUUCGCCUAAUAGCGAGUUUCUUGCGUAUGCAAGCCCAGAUGGUGUCCUUAAAGUAUGGGAAACAACAAGUGGAAUAUUGAAGCAGGAAUACACACCAAGCUCUCAUCUUUCUGCAACAUGUUCCUGUCUCUCAUGGAGCAGAUACACAGCUGCCCCUCGCCCUAAAAAGAAAAGAAGAUCUACAUCAGCUACAAAUGUCAGCCAGUCUGAUGAUCAAAGGCUAAUUGCAAUGGGAACAACAAGUGGCAGUGUUUUGAUUUAUAAUGUGGUGACAGGCAGUCUACAAACUCAGUUGACAGGGGGACAUACUGAAACUGUUCAUGGUUGUAGUUGGCAUCCAGAUGAACCCAGUCUCUUCACUUGUUCAUCGGAUCAUCAUAUUGUGGAAUGGGAUGUUGGUAAAAAUACUGUGAAAGAAAAAUGGAAAGCAGAUAAAGGAAUAGUAUAUUCUGUUAGUGUUGUUUCCCAAAAAUACCUUUUAUCUGCUAGCAGGACUAUUAAGUUAUGGAAUAUUGAUGGGAAAAAAGAACUUUUAAAAACAUUUACUGGUCAUGCAACAGAAGUUUUAAGACUUUUACCCAUACCGAUUGGCACUAGUAGUAAUUCUAUGAAUGGUGAAACCUCAGACUUUUACUUUUUGUCAGCUGCAUUAAAUGAUAGAACUGUGAACGCUUGGCAUUCGUCUCUUGAUGUGUCUGCCAAAAACUCAUUAGCAUCUUUUUCAUUAUCAGAUGAACCUGUUGUUAUUAAUAUUAGUAGAAAAUCUGCAAAAGACUCUCAGUUGUUGUUAUCAGUUGUUACUUCUAGUGGACAUUUGUUAGUUUUUGAACAUACCUUAAAUGGACGAAUGAAAAAGCCUCUGAAACCUAAGGUACAUGCACAAAUUGCAGCAUCAAAUCAGAAUGAUGGUGCUCCAGAAAUGAUUCCCAUUUUAGCCUCGGUUAUUUGUGAAGAUGUUGGAAAUAAUAUUCUUUUAGCCUAUGGAAGUUUUCUGAAACCUACGUUUGAGAAAAUACCAUAUGAUUCCUCUCAGUCUGAGAUAUGCCUUGUUCGUGAAAAAGAUAUUUCUUUGAAUGGUGCCAGUAGAUCUAAAGAGAAAGAAAUGACAAAGAUUAAAAAUCCUGAGACGUCUGAUGCCAUCAUGCUGGCGCCAGGUCAUAUGAUGAGAAGAAAGCGUAAACCAUCUGUAGGAGACAUGACAAUGGAAGACAGAUUAAAUGCUAUCAGUAUUGAGAAACCAGGAAAAAAGAAAGAAGAAUUGCCCAAAGCUGACACCUUGAUUAAUUUACUUUCUCAGGGUUUACAAAGUAAUGACAAAGAGCUGAUUGAAAGAGUUCUGCAUCACGAAAACCAACAAAUUAUCACUAACACUGUACGCAGGUUACCAGUUCAACUCAUUGUUCCAUUCAUCAAAGCUAUAUCAGUACGUAUUCAUGUGCGACAGAGUGGAGGGGCUCAAGUUUUGUUAAAGUGGUUAAAAGCUGUUCUUACUACCCAUACCUCAUAUCUGAUGACUUUCCAAGAAAUUGUCGAUUCAUUGAGUGCUUUAUAUCAAUUAAUGGAAGCUAGAGUAGGAAUGUUUUCACGCUUGUCUCGACUUCAAGGCAAGUUAGAUCUGAUGUUGUCUCAGAUAACCUGCCAGGAACAAGAAGAGGAAGAAGGAAUCGUUCAAGCUCCACUGUUAUUAUACCAUGAGGAAUCUUCUGAAGAUGAUGAUCCUAUGGAAGAUUUAUUAGCCAGUCAUUCUGAGUCAGAGAGUAACUGGGAUGUAACUGAUAUGGAAGAUGAAAGUGCUGAUGAA